UAACACAGUCGUGUCAACAGAAAUGCAGUGUGCAAACGUUUUGCUGUCUAUUUGUCUGCUUUGUGUCCGCUGCAACUUUGUCAGCUCGUACAGUAGUGGCCCUCCUGAUGCAGCGUGUACAUCAAUGGAGCCAAGCCAUGGUGUUAGUGGACAAACGUCAGCAAGUCCAUACAUCGUCGAAACUGAUGUUCCAACAGAUGGCUACAUGCCAGGAUCUUCAUACACUGUAACAAUCAAGAAAGAUUCAGCCAGUACUCCAGAUUUCAAAGGGUUCAUGUGCCAAAUACGAGCAGCCGACGGUAGCUCCACCGCUGCUAUCGGUAGUUUUGAAUCGUUUGAUACAAACAAAGCUAAGAACUUGGCAUGCACGAGUGCUAAGGGCGCAAUGACUCACAAGAAUGCAGAUGCAGUCGCACAGUUUCAAGGAACCUGGAAAGCUCCGUCAUCAGACAUGGGCAGUCUUAUAGCUAUGUGUACCGUGGUGCAGGUACAAACGACCUAUUGGAUUCAAAUUCCGUCACCAGUCUUCUCAUUUGUUGCACUUUCUACCACUGCAGCUCCCACCACUGCUGAUCCUACCACUGCAGUUCCCACCACUGCAGCAUCUACCACUGCAGCUUCCACCACUGCUGAUCCUACCACUGCAGCUCAAACAACUGCAGCUCCCACCACUGCAGCUUCUACUACUGCAGCUCCCACCACUGCUGAUCCCACCACUGCAGCUUCUACCACUGCAGCACCUACCACUGCAGAUCCUACUACUGCAGCUUCUACCACUGAAGCCACCACUGCGGCUCCCACCACUGCUGAUCCUACUACUGCAGCUUCUACUACUGUAGCUCCCACCACUGCGGCUUCUACCACUGCAGCUCCCACCACUGCUGAUCCUACCACUGCAGCUUCUACCACUGCAGCUCCCACCACUGCAGCUCCCACCACUACAGCUUCUACCACUGCAGCUCCCACCACUGCAGCUCCCACCACUACAGCUUCUACCACUGCAGCUCCCACCACUGCAGCUCCCACCACUACAGCUUCUACCACUGCAGCUCCCACCACUGCAGCUUCUACCACUGCAGCUUCUACCACUGCAGCUUCUACCACUGCAGCUCCCACCACUGCAGCUUCCACCACUGCAGCUCCCACCACUGCAGCUUCCACCACUGCAGCUCCCACCACUGCAGCUUCUACCACUGCUGAUCCUACCACUGCAACCUCUGCUGCAAAUGCUACUGCGGCUAGCACAACAUCUAUGCCUGGAGCUACUGCAUCUACGAUUGUGACUGAGGGAUCUACUGACCCCCCUACCAAACCUCCUACUAGAGAGGAACUCACUAAACAGUGGAUGGAGCAUUUCGAUAUGUGGACCAGGAGAGAGAAAUUUGCAAAUUCCAAAGAUCCUUGCGAAUGGUCACUCGACAGUUCAAUCACAGAUGGAAAAGAUGAGGGGGCACGUGCUUCCAGUGCUCCCGUGAUUCCUACACCUACCGGAUCCGACUGUGUCGAGUCUAAUGCAGAGAUGCUAACUACGGUGCUUCUUUCUUGUGUUCUGAUCGGUGGCGUACGUGCUUUCCCUAAUGGGCCUCCCCGUGACGUGUGCGGUUCAAUGGCGCCUUCUGUUCAAGGACAUCUCGCUUUUCCUCAAACGAUUGGUAUUCCGUAUAGAAUUGAAACUUCAGCAACUAGCGGAUAUCUUCCUGGGAACACUUACACAAUGACAAUCAAAAAGAUUUCUGAUGCGUCCAAUGACUUUCGAGGAUUUAUGUGUCAAGCACGUAGAGACAACAGUGAAGAUGCUCUGGGCAGUUUCACGUCGUUUGACACUUCCAAGGCAAAGAACUUGGACUGUACUUCAGCAACGAGCGCAGUUGUUCAUAGAAAUUCCAAUGAAGUGUCAGAAUUCACAGCUCAGUGGCAAGCACCCAGCCAGACUGGUUUGGGCACCUUGCGAUUUGUUUGCACUGUUGUAAUGAUAAAAACAGUCUACUAUGUCAAGCUACAGUCUCAGCCAUUUUCUGAAAUAUCAUCAACUGUUGCUCCACCAACCGCUCGACCAACUACUAAGGGACCCACCACAGCUGCACCAACCACUGCAGCACCAACUACCAAAAAACCAACCACAGCUGCACCAACCACAGCUGCACCAACCACUGCAGCACCAACUACCAAAAAACCAACCACAGCUGCACCAACCACUGCAGCACCAACUACUAACAAAGCAACCACAGCUGCACCAACUACUGCUGCUCCAACUACUGCUGCUCCAACUACUAAAAAACCAACCACUGCUGCAACUACUAAUCCACCAACUACUGCUGCUCCGACAACUCCUACACAGAUUGCACUAACUAUUCUUCCUACGACUGAAAUACCAACAACAAUGAUUGCUACUACAAUGAUUCCUGGACCUACUAAUGCAACUACCAUUCAACUUGCUUUUAAUGAAGAAGAUGUUCGAAUGUUCAAGCAAUAUUUUAGAGAGUGGAUUGAGUAUUUCGACACGUGGAAGAAGGAGUUUGCAAAGUACACGAUUCAGUGUCAAAUGAUAUGAAGAUCAUUGACUAAGGGAGAUAUGGUGGUUCAUCUAAUAUCUAGUAAUGUGUUGCACAAACAAGUCACGUGACAUUAUUUACUGCUAGAGUAAAAAUGGUAUAGUUGUAGUCAUAUUUAUCACAUGAUUUCAGCGUUUUAAUUAGCUAGUAAAUGUUGUGAUCUAGAACAGCAAUUUUAGCAAAGUUUUUCAACUCCAGUACAUGUACUGUACUGUAUUACUUAUCUAUAACAUUCGAGCAAAUGAUAGCCAUUGGUCGUAGAAAUUAAAUGUGCACUUGAAUGUAUCAGACA